GAGAGAUCUGAUUCAAGGGAUUUGUAUAACUUUGUGCGUGCUUCUUCCUUAGAUAAAAACAGCACACUCUUUGAUGCAUCACAAUAUGAGUUUUUUGGUCAGAAUCUGGAUGAUAUGGAAAUUGGGGGUCUUGACGAUGAUGGAGUGAUCGCUCCUGUUCUUGGACAUGCUGAUGAUGAUGAGUAUCACUUGUUUGAUAAAGGAGAGGGGGCAGGUUUAGGAUCACUAUCUGACAUGGAUGAUCUUGCAACAACUUUCGCAAAGUUAAACAGAGUUGUUACCGGACCCAAACACCCUGGAGUUAUUGGUGAUAGAGGAUCAGGAUCCUUUUCAAGAGAGAGUUCUUCUGCUACCGAUUGGACACAUGAUGCAGAGCUCACAAGCUGGUUGGACGAACAAGAUCAAGAAGCUAAGAGGUGGUCCUCACAGCCACAAUCAUUUGCUCAUUCAAAACCUUUGUACAGGACAUCCUCCUAUCCUCAGCAGCAACCGCAGCUGCAGCACUACAAUAGUGAACCAAUAAUUUUACCAGAAUCAAAUUUUACCUCAUUUCCCCCGCCUGGUAGCAGAUCUCCGCAGGCUUCACCCGGAAAUCUCCAUCGGGCUCCUUCUCUUCCUGGUGGUUCUCAGUUGACCUAUUCUGCACCUUCCCCGCUGUCAAAUUCUGGUUUUCAUCUUUCAGGAUUGUCGCAAGGGCCCCACUAUGGUGGUAAUUUGGCUAGAUAUGCCUCGUGCGGUCCUACGCUUGGUAACAUGGUGCAACCUCAUUGGGUCACUGAUCCUGGUCUUCUACACGGAGAUCAUUCUGGUUUAUUACAUAAUCUGGUGCAACAGCAGCAUCAACAAUUGCCUCCUCGAAAUGCUAUUAUGUCGCAACAUUUGCUCGCCCUCCAGCAGAGACAAUCGUAUGCUCAACUUGCGGCGCUACAGUCCCAACUGUAUAGUUCCUAUCCUUCGCCAUCACGUAAAGCCCCUUUUGGAGUUGGUGAAGUUAGGGAACACAAACAUAAGUCAUCUCAUAGAAGUCGAAAGAACAGAGGCCUCUCUCAACAGGCGUCAGACGCAGCUAGUCAGAAAAGUGAAAGUGGACUGCAGUUUAGAUCAAAGCACAUGACUUCAGAAGAAAUAGAGGGUAUACUCAAGAUGCAGCAUUCCAAUUCACACAGCAAUGAUCCCUAUGUCAAUGAUUAUUACCACCAAGCUAAGCUUGCCAAGAAGUCUGCCGGAUCUAAAGCAAUCUCUCACUUCUAUCCUGCUCAGUUGAAGGACCACCAGCCUCGGUCCCGUAAUAGUUCUGAACAGCAUCCACAAGUUCAUGUAGAUGCUCUUGGUAAGAUUACACUUCCUUCUGUCCGCAGGCCACAUGCCUUGCUCGAGGUUGACUCUUCUCCUGGUUUUAACGAUGGAAGUGGGGAUCAUAAGGGCUCAGGAAAACAUUUGGAACAGGAACCUCUCGUUGCAGCUAGGGUUACAAUUGAAGAUGCUCUUGGAGUUCUUAUUGACAUAGUUGACAUUGACAGGACUCUCCAGAACACAAGACCCCAGGACGGAGGUGCCCAACUCAAGAGAAAGCGGCAGAUCCUGCUAGAAGGAUUAGCGACAGCGCUUCAACUUGCUGAUCCGUUCAGCAAAACCGGUCAGAAAUCCGGGAUGACUGCUAAGGAUGAUAUUGUCUUUCUACGUAUAGCGACUCUCCCCAAGGGUCGGAAAUUGCUUACAAAGUAUCUACAACUUCUAGUUCCAGGUACUGAGAUUGCUCGAGUUGUCUGUAUGGCUAUAUUCCGCCACUUGAGGUUUCUGUUCGGCGGCCUGCCUUCAGAUACUUUAGCAGCAGAGACGAUAUCUAAUCUUGCCAAAGCAGUCACGGUUUGCGUUCAAGCCAUGGACCUUCGAGCACUGAGUGCUUGCCUUGCAGCUGUAGUUUGUUCUUCAGAGCAGCCACCUCUGCGUCCUAUUGGAAGUUCUGCUGGGGAUGGUGCUUCAGUUGUCUUGAUAUCUCUUCUUGAAAGAGCUGCUGAAGUAGUGGUGGUUCCUCGAGUCAUGCAUGGGAAUUCUAAUGAUGGUCUCUGGAGAGCCUCAUUUGAUGAAUUCUUCAACCUUCUUACGAAAUACUGCAGAAGCAAGUAUGAGACAAUCCGCGGUCAGAACCAAGGGAGUGCAGCGGAUGUUUUGGAGCUGGCGAUAAAGAGGGAAAUGCCCGCUGAGCUUUUACGUGCGAGUCUGCGUCACACCAAUGACGACCAGAGGAACUAUUUAUUAAACUUUGGUCGUAAACCGUCGGCAAUUAGUGAGUCGGCGUCUCAUGCAAGGGGUGGACAGAUCAACUCCGAAUCUGUGAGAGGUUAAUAAAGAAUUAGAGAACCAUGGGCUUGGAAGAUUCCAGUUCUUGGUUUUCAAGGCUGUGGAUCAAACAAACAGUCAAGGGGUGUGGUGUGGACUCAGGAGACAAACUUGUAAGUAACCUGGUGGUGUAGGAAUCUUUUCACAAGGGUUUCAGGUGAAAAGUGCUUUUAG